UGGAGCCAAUUGGAUUUACCCCAAGCCAUUACUGAUGCCCUCAAAUAUCAAAAGUUUACAAAGCCUACUCCAAUUCAGGAACAAGUUCUUCCUGUUGCUCUUCAAGGUCGUAACAUUAUUGGUGCUGCCGAGACUGGUUCUGGUAAAACUCUUGCUUUUGGUAUCCCAAUCGUUCGUCGUUUGCUCACUAACAAGAGCAAGCACGGUCUUGGUGCCUUGAUCUUAACACCAACCAGAGAAUUGGCCAUCCAGGUCAGAAACCACAUCCAAAAUAUCUCCAUCUUUACCCCCAUCCGCGUAAGUCCUUUUCUUUCUUUCUUAAAAUAUCUUUACAAAGUUGAAGUUAUUGUGGGAGGAAUGUCUAUUCAGAAACAACAACGUGUGCUCAAGACCAUGCCAGAUAUCGUGGUAGCUACUCCUGGUCGUUUCUGGGAGAUCUUCUCAGAGAGUGAAGAGUAUCUGAACAUGUUGAAACACAUCCAAUUCCUGGUCCUUGAUGAAGCAGACAGAAUGCUCGAACGUGGCCAUUUCGCCGAAUUGACAAAUAUUCUUAAUGCUAUUUCUAGCAAGAGACAAUUUAUUUCCCUCUUGAUUCAUCUUGGAAAAUACAAUAUGGUUCAUGGUAUUCACCAAACAUUUGUGUUUACCGCUACCUUGGGCAAGGAUUUGAGAUUCAAUGUCAAGAAGAAGCAUACUACUCGCAAAAACAACGCUGGAUCUAUGGAGGAACUUCUCAGCCGAUUGGAACUAACAAACAAAGACCCGGCAAUUAUUGAUAUGACCACCGAGAAUGUGGUUGCCUCACGCUUGGUUGAAGCAAAGAUCGAUUGUUUAAAGACUGAGAAGGAUCUUUAUGUGUAUUACUUUGUGACCCGUUAUCCAGGUCGUACUAUUGUAUUCGUGAACAGUAUUGAUGCCUUGCGCCGCCUAGUACCUGCUUUCAAGCUACUAGGUGUAGAAGUUCUUGGCUUACACGCUCAAAUGCAGCAAAAGCAGCGUUUGAAGAGCUUGGACCGUUUCAAGACCAACGACAAGGCCGUUCUUAUUGCCUCUGAUGUUGCUGCUAGAGGUCUCGAUAUUCCACUUGUUGACCAUGUUAUUCAUUACCAACUUCCCCGUUCUGGAGAAAUCUAUGUUCAUCGCAGUGGUCGUACUGCAAGAGCAAACCGUGAUGGUGUCUCUUUACUUCUCUGUGGUCCCGAGGAGCAAAAAGUGUAUACAAAACUCUGUUACACCCUUAGAAAAGGAAAGCCAUACCCAGAUUUCCCAGUAGACUUGAGUGUCCUCAAGGAAAUGAAGAAGAGAGUCAACCUUGCCACCGAAAUUGAUAAGCUUGAGCAUCAAGAAAACAAGGCUACUCAUGAAGAGAAUUGGAUGAGAAACAUGGCUAGAGAUAUGGAUCUUGUGUUUGAUGACGAGGUUAUUAAGGGAAGAGGCAAUAACACAGAUACCAAAGCAGUCCAAGAGAAGAAGAAACGAAAGAUCAAUGCAAUGAAGGCAGAGUUGAAGCAGAUCUUGGCUGUACCUAUGCUUCCUAAUGGUGUUUCUAGAAAAUAUGUCACAGGAAGUGGCAUGUCAGAUCUAGUAGCACGCUUGAUUAAGAACGAAGGUAAAAUCGGGUUUUUCUUUACCUUUUUUUUUAAAAAAAAAAACUCUUUCCAUUAUAUGUAUUAA